AUGUCCGCAGAAAUCAUGCCAAAGAAAAGAGGUCGACCGCCGAAAAAGGCCGCGAUCGCAGCGACCCCAACAGCAGAGGAUGUCGUCGUGAUUGAACCGGCGGUGCCGAAGAAACGAACGAGGACGAUGGCUGGCUCGGCUGAUAAGAAAAUACCGUCGUCGGGGUCUUCAACUUCAACUUCAGCUUCAGCUCCAGAACUUGCAGAUGCGGGCUCAAGCUCGGGUUCAACCACAGCGUCAGGCUUGGGUUCUGGUACGGCUUCUCGGACGGCUUCUCGGACGGCUUCGAAAGGGGCAGCAGCAGUGAAGGGGGUCAAGGAUAGUAAUGGUGUGGAUGCAGCUGAAGCUGACGGAGUAUUGGAGGUGAAAGCCUCGUCAGCAACGAAGAGAAGAACCGCAAAAAGUUCUUCUUCUUCGUUGACUUCGGUGGCUGAUGGCACGUCUGCUGCACCGCCUACGUCUACAUCUACAUCUACAUCUACAUCUACAUCUACAUCUACAUCUACAUCCUCAUCUGUUCCCGCAGAGACAGCCGAGCAAUCUACGAGGACCCCCAAGGACAAGUCUGAUCUGUCGCAUGAAAAACAGUCAGUCCCGACCCCGACCUCGACCCCGACCUCGAGAUCUAGAACACGCAAACCCUCUGCCGCUGCCGCUCCCGCUCCCGUCACUGUGAAUGUUCCCGAAGAUUCUGGUCUUGCAUCGGUGGGUAAGAAGACGAAAUCGACUCCUUCAACUUCUACGACGACAGCAGCGACAAUUCAACAGGUCUCAGCGCCAGGACUUCUCCAGAACAAUGACUCUCAGCCGAAGCAGGAUCCAAUGCUCGGAAAGUCUGUGUCUGCCAGUGCAUCUGUAUCCAAGAUCUUGCAGCAGGCAAAAGCCUUUUCGAAAACUUCCAAUCACUUGCACGAUAGUGUUUCCCAGCUCGUGAAGGAUCGGGAGGAAGCUGUGCAUGCUUCUCGGCCACAGCAAACCAUCUCGACGGUCCAAGGGGUGGCCAUGAAACAAUCAACCACAGGGACAGGUGUGACCGCAAUCACCUCAUCAGAGGCCAUCCCUGACGCCACGAUGGACACCAAGUCCUCCGCACCAGACAGUACCACUACAGCUACGACAUCACAAUCAAAACCGCACGACGCAGAGCCCACCACUACCGAACCAGCCACCAAUAUAUCCUCGCCCCGUUCCGCGUUUGAAGCAAUUCCAACCUCUUCAGCUUCAGCUAAGCCUGACCAAGUACCACCACCAGCACCGACAUCUCCUACCACAACUUCUUCGCCCGCCAACGGAGCGUUCAUCUCUUGGGCACCAAUCCAGCCACCAUCCAACUCUGCGAUGGCAACACAGUCCAUCUCUAGCUCCGGGACGUCUCGGUCUCCCCCGAUCGCCAUCGUAUUUCCGAAAUACGUCCUUCCCCCAUCCACAGUCGCCGCCCUGGCUGCUCGCAACGUCCAUUCCCAGCGCCCAUCCGGGUUAUCGCUGUUCUCGUCGUCGUCGUCGUCGUCGUCGUCAUCGUCGUCGCAAGUGCCAAGCUUACCUCCCUCCUCAUCGAGGAGGACUCAGCCACAACACCCCGACCAACAAUCCCUCAGACCUGGACACGGUGGUGGAAGUGGAGGUGGACCACAGCGACCACGACCGACGCAGUUGCCGAUGGAGGAGCUUAAGAAGGAUCCCGAGUUCCGGGCCCUCUCGCGGCGCUGGACGGGGUUGGUUGUCGCUUUGCCGUUUGCUAUUGUGACUAGUUAUUUGUUGUGGCAGAGAUACGAAGAACAUCAAGCCCAUCUCAGAGCUAGACAUGCGAAGAAGAUCCUGGCUGCCAAGGCACCGGAACCGGCUGUUUUGGGGACAUCAAUACCUGCGUCUGCGUCUGCGUCGAUAUCGACGCCAUCUUCUCUUUCUUCUGGAUCAUCAUCGUCGUCGUCACCAAGGGUGUAG